AUGCGCCGUCUUGCGUGUCUGGCGAGCGCCACGGCCAUGUCGGGCCUUUCGGUAGCUGCCACUACCGCUAACCCCGCGGCGUCGACGACCGUACCGGCCCGCUUCAUCUAUACCACGUGGGGGUCCGUCCCGUGCGAGGGCGUGGCGUGCAAUGAGAGCUGGCUGAAGCGCGUCACCUCGCAGUCUGAGUACCGCAGCUUCGAUUUUUGGCAUGUGCCGCAGGCGGAUGUUCCAGCAGGGCUGAAGCUGAACGCGGUCGAGCGCUACCUGUUGAGCAGCCUGGAGAACGACGCAGAGCGCCUGCUGAAUGUUUCGUGGUGUGAAGACUUCGACUCGUACUGGCGCGACCGUGUGAGCUCGCUGGAGAUGCUCUACAAGACCAUCUACACAGAUGACCACCCGCUCUACCGCUACAUCUUCGGCAACUGCACGCACAAGACGGCAGAGAAAGAGCAUAUGCUGCGCAAGCUGAAUUACCUCAAGAACAUUCUCUUCUGGGCUGGCCGCACAGAGCGAUGCUACACAAGCAUCGCGAAGGCGCGCUACUACGUGCAGCGCUGCGUGUGGAACGCCCUGGAGCGUGAGCGCUACCUCUGCGCGUGCGUGGAGGCCGUCGACUCCUUCGGGAAGAAGGUGCCUGAGGAGCUGUGUCAUAAGGCGAUGCCGGAGCUGGAGGUGGCCCUAGUGAGCAUGCGCCAUUGGGUGUGGGACUGCCCGAACGGCAAGCGCACCUUCACGCGUCGCCUCGCGUAA